AUGUUCGUGAUGAUCAACGCGACGGACAACCCGUGGAUGGUGGCGCUGCUUCUUUUUGUACAAGUUGUAAUGCCUUUGCUACAGAGUAAUGCUGCCGAUAAUGAGGGUGCGUCACUUGCGCUUAACGUGGCGAUUUUGUUUUUGCUGGGACUUUCCCUUAUGACAUUCUGGAAGGCCGCUUGCUUUUGUCAUGUGUUACACCGGCUUCGCGGACGGCACCCUGAGAUGGGCUGGAUGGCCUUCUUUCGUGAGGCCUACGCGCAGGUAUCGGCAGUAGCACAGCGCGAAACCAACAACCAGAACCGUGCAGCACAGGAAGAAAUGCGCUCCGAGACGUUUAAUCGUACUUUAAGCACUAUUCAAAAGAUGCCGAUGGAAGAGUUUAAAACACCCGAACAGUUAGUGAAGAUCAGCAUCGCGGAACUUAAGCAGCGGUUAGAGCGGCGCGAUGUAGACUUUGGCGGAUGUGUUGAACGCCAAGAUCUUGUUGACCUCUUAGUGAAGUAUAGAGGAGGCCCAUCCAACAACGAUACGUGCUGUAUUUGCUGUGAAGCGUACGAAACAGGCGACGUUCUGCGUUUACUGUGCAAGUGCAAACAUGAGUUUCAUCUUGAAUGUCUGGACAAGUGGGCUUAUACUUCGGUCAACUCACAGCGCACGCCAUCUUGUCCCCUCUGUAACCAAAGCUUGGAGUAA